CAGUGUCAAAACAACUUGUAAAUUGUAAAUGCCGGCGUAUUGGUUUAUCAUUUUGAGUUGAAUUUUCAAUUUUAAUGAAUAUUUAAUGAAUUUUGUUUAACGCUCAGAAAAGCAAAAAAUGUCAAGAGACUUGGUCGUUCUCGUCCCCAAUGGACGAAGGGUAAAAGUUCACUGCACUGCUGACACCAGCAUUUUACAGGUUUUAGAAGAUGUUUGUGCAAAACAAGGCUUUCAACCUACUGAUUAUGAUCUGAAACAUCACAAAACAAUUCUUGACCUAACAACAACGAUACGAUUUUGUAAUUUGCCGAAUAAAGCUAUGCUUGAACUGGUUGAAACUGAAAGGAAACGAGUAGAAACUGAUGUCACAAUUGGGCUUAUGUUGGAUGAUGGAGAAAGAAAAAUGGGAGAUUUCUCACCAAGUACAACUCUGUAUGACAUGGCUUUAAAACUUGCACCUGAAAAACUGGAGUCCUUAGAAACUCCAUCAAUAUUAUACAUGAGACAAGAAGUGACAGGCAUAGACGCACUAAAAGAUAAAACUUUACGUCACUUAGGGCUUAUAACAGGCCGAGCAAUUUUGAGGUUGCUUAACAAAACAGAAGCAAUGCAAGCAAAUGUUUCAAGAGUUUAUCGACGGCCUCAAACUGAGGAGCAAGUAGAGCCGCAAAGAAACACAACCUCGUCUGUAAAUAAGCAAGAAUUACUUCACAACAAAGAACCAUCAUUUCCAGGACCUUCUGGGAUUCAAAAGAAAAACAAAACAAAUGCCUUUGACCCUGUUCAAGCUAUAAAACAGGAACAUCACCAAAAUGAAGCUAUUUCACAGAAACUAAAUGUUAGUGAUAAAAUUGAAGACAUUAUUACUGACCAAAAAAUGGAAGUGGACUCAGAAGAUAUAAACAUAACUGCAACAUCUACAGCACAUAUUAAUGAAAAGCAAUUAAACAGUCAGUUCUCACAAGAAAAUUUAGAGCGUCGUUUAAAAAUAGAAGAGGAAGUUGUAUUUCUAGGUGCUCAAAAAGCGAUAGCUUUCUUGCCGCCAGAUGGUAUGGAGGAUGAGUUACAAGACUUGCCAGACGAUUUUUAUGAUCUAACAAUAGAAGAAGUACGCAAGAUAUACCAUGACUUGCAACAGCAAAGACUACAACUUGAAAACAUGCCCUUGUUGACAUCAACACAGAAAGGGGAGAUGGAAAGACAGUCCUCUGAACAAAGACAGAAUUCUUAUAAAAAUGCUGUAGUACGCAUACAGUUUCCAGAUCAUAUGAUUUUACAAGGUAUAUUUGCGCCAACAGCAAAAAUUGAAGAAGUUAAAAAUUUUGUAAAGGAACAUUUACAUCAUCCAGAAAAAUCAUUUGUUAUCUUUACCACCCCUUUAAAGGAACCCCUAGAUCCUUCUAUGACUUUACUCGAAGCUAAAUUUGUUCCUUGUGUUCUAAUGCACUUCAAAUGGACUGAGGAAAACGGCGGAAAGCCUUACCUUAAAGAAGAUAUAUAUUUAAAGAAGACUUCAAGUGAUGCUGCUAGUAUUUUAGCUUCAAAAUAUCGAGCACCUACCAGAAGAGUAAAAGAUGAAACACCUAAUCAGUCACAAAAAACUUCGGAUGCAAACUCUUCUUCCACAAAGCAGAGCAAAGUUCCUAAAUGGUUUAAAAAAUGAAUCAUCUCUAGACUUCUACAUUGUUGAUAUCUUAUUGUUAUAAGCAACAGACAUGUUUGUAUUGUAAAAUAAACUUCAUUUUUUUUAUUUAGUAAUUAAUAAUA